CUUGUCGUUGUGUUUCCGCUCGAUGGACUCUACGACGUGCGAUUUUCACCAACUGCUCGUUUCGAAACCAAACGGAGAGGUGAUAAUGGACGAGGAAGGAAACGAUCCAGAAGAAAUUGAUCACAAGGACAUAUGCAUGGAAUGGGAGGCCAUACUGCCAACACUGCCCAAGCAAAAAGGGUGGAUGGCCGAUCAUCUUGUCCAAUACCAAGGAGUUUGGUUAAGUCCUUCGGGUCUAAAAGGAGUCAUGCUUGCAAGACACCACUUCACGUGUUUACCUACCGACAUUAUCUUAUCCACUUCUCCGAAAGCCGGAACCACAUGGUUCAAGGCACUUCUCUUCACAAUCAUGAACAGAAGAAUUUACCAGUUCUCCUCACACCCUCUACUUACCACCAAUCCCCAUGAUUUAGUGCUCUUCAUAGAAGCCAUGUUCGAUCAAGCUCCUACAGCAAGUCCCGUUAAGGACGGCAUUUCAUCUUCGAGGUUGCUUUCAACUCAUAUGCCGUACUCCUUGCUACCGAAUUCCGUCAAAACCUCUUGUUGCCGAAUAGUGUACGUGUGCCGUGACCCGAAAGACGCGCUCAUUUCCCAAUGGCAGUACCUGAAAAAACUAAGGCCAAAAGAAAUGCCGCCUUUGCCGCUCGAAGAAGCGUUCGGAUUGUUCUGUGAUGGGGUCUCGCAUUUUGGACCCUUUUGGGACCAUGCCCUGGGAUAUUACGGGGCUAGUCGAGAGUCACCUCAGAAGGUGUUGGUAUUGACUUACGAAGCCAUGAUGACGGAUCCAGCAUUCAAUAUCAAGAGAGUGGCUGACUUCGUUGGCCACCCUCUUGACCCGGAGGAAGAGAGUGGAGGAGUGGUGGAGAGGAUGGUGAGCUUGUGUAGCUUUGAGAAUUUGAGCAGGUUGGAAGUGAACAAGGGUGGGGUACAGCAAUUCACUGCUCAGUUCAUGGUGCCAAAUAGCAAUUUCUUUAGGAAAGGGCAGAUUGGAGAUUGGAGGAACCAUCUCACUCCAACAAUGGCGGAGAGUCUAAACAAGAUAACCAAGGAAAGGUUUGGUGGCCCUGAUUUGGAGUUUCUUUAUAGCUGAUUAAGCCUUUGAGGAAG